CUCUACCCAUGUUUACCUGAAGUCUAGAGCAGAUGUUGUUCUCUUCACCUGUGAACCUUUCUGAUUUCAUUGCUCCUGCAGUGGGUAAACAGAUACAGCAACAUGCUCAGAGUACAUAUGAGUAUGGCAACAAUGCGGCAGCUCAUAGAUAGGAAGGUGAUAACACGUCUGAAUGUACAUAGGAACAUGGCUCUGGCAGGCACAGUUCGCUGGAGGAGCAGCGUUAGACAAGCUCCACUCCUGACAGCCGUUCCUGCUCGUGCCCUCAUAGACGAACAGAUCAGCAUUGAAGGGCGUUUCCUGCCUCCACACUCUCCUGUUACGCUGUGGGCACGAAUGCACAGUGAGGACGGAGACCUGUGGGAGGCUUUCGCCCACUACAAUACAAAUGCAAAGGGCACAGUCAGCCUGACCAGUGAUCAAUCAGUCGGGGGUUCAUAUUUCGGCUGUGAGCCAAUGGGACUCUUCUGGGGUCUGGAGCCGGCUCCCGGAUCGAGACAAGGUUUGAGGCUUAGGAAAAAGAAUGUAGAAACUCCCUUUAUAGUACACAUCUCCUUACUGGAGGGCCACAUUUCACCUGGGGAUGGAAAGGUGACUGAGCUGGCAGCUGCAACGACUGAACGCUGGUACAUGGCACCAGGCGUGAGGAGAAUAGAGGUUCGCCAAAAUAGAGUCGUAGGGACUUUAUUCCUACCUCCUGGCCCAGGCCCGUUUCCAGCAAUGCUAGAUCUGUGGGGAAUGGCUGGAGGACUGGUGGAGUACCGUGCUGCCUUGUUUGCAUCCAGAGGCUAUGCGAGUCUUUCCCUUGCCUACUUUGGGCACAAAGACUUACCUGGUCCACAGAACAGCAUCAAUGUCGGCGAUUUGUAUUUUAAGUCAGCUUUCCAACUGCUCCAAGAUCAUUGUCAGGUCUGUGCUGACAGAGUUGGGAUCAUUAGUCUCUCCUAUGGAGUCUACCUGGCUCUUCGUAUUGCCACUCAGACUGAUGUCAAACCAUCCUGUUUGGUUUGUAUCAACGGACCAGUAGGAAGUACCACCAAGCUCUCAGAUGUAGAUGGCAAGACUGAACAAUUUGAAAUUGAACAGAAGUAUUGGUCGUACGACGAUCAAGGCCACGUGUCUUUCAGGGAAGUCUCUUUGCCUUCUAAUCUUCUCCCUGAGACCAUAGUGAAGCUAGAGAACCUCAGCUGUCCAUUAAUGUACAUAGUGGGUGAAGAUGAUCUGAGCGCUUCCAGCAUUGAGAACGCAGACGUGAUUGAGGAGACCCUGAGGGCUGCAGGUAAACCCCAGCUCUUAACCCGUUUGUCAUACCCUGGUGCUGGUCACCUGAUUGAGCCGCCUUACUCACCAAACGCAAGAUCGUCCCUGUGGAGCUUUAAACCAGUAAAACUGAUCACUCUGUGGGGAGGUCACCAAGCACAACAUGCUGCUGCCCAAGAAGAUGCCUGGAAGAAAAUCCUUGAUUUCCUGGAACGUACUCUGAGGGAGUGAAUCUAUGUUGAAUGUGAACCUCAACAUAAUGCUAACUAAUUAUCAUGGUGGCUCGGGACGAAGAGUUCGUGGCAUGCUGAGGUGACCAUGGCGAUGAGGGCAAUGAACUCCUUGAAGUCAAUCUCCAGGUCUCCAUUCUGGUCAAGAUCGGCAAACAGCUCAUCCAGCGUUUCAUUCUCUUGGAUUUUCUGUUCAGAAAGAUGGACAGUAACUUAAACAAGACUGUACUGAAAUGCUCAUUACACAGCAGAAAAGUUCAUUCUCAUAACUUUUAACUUAAUGUUCACAUGCUACGUCAUCUGAUGUUUUCUGACAAGUAUUUCAAAUUCAGCAUUUAGUGAACGUAAAUGUCAGCCUUAUCUAUGUGUUGUAUUAACAAGUUAUCAUGAUCAUUAUGCUGCCACAAACGUACCAUCUAUAACAGCCAUAACUCACCAUUAUGAAAUGGUUCAUCUCGUUGUUGAUGAGUGCUUUAAGCUCCGCUUUCUUCAACUUACACUUGUGACCCGAGUAUUUGUGGAAAGCCUGGAUAAUAGUGACCAUGCUGCUCUCCAGGUCUGACAUCCUUGACGCCUGCAACAAACAAUUUCAAUCAACUCUGUCGUAUGUUUUACUCCAAACUGUGCGCAUGCAUUAGUAGCUUAAACUACUGUUUUUUCCAUGUAUAUGAUAGAUAAGAUAAAAUUAAAUAAAUUUUUAGUCUGGA